UAGCGGCACAAUGGAAAUGACCAGCAUCAAUACAGUGAAGCAGAAAAAUUCCAUUGAUCCCACCAAAGAUCACACAAGCAAAGCUGACACCAAUCAUGGAGACAUAUCCAGCACUGGCGAUCAGUCUCUAGUAACAACGCAUUCAAGGCGAUGCAAAUGGUCGUGGCUCUUGACGAUAAUAAUCUUACUGGUUGUCAUUGUGGUACUAACAGUGGUGGUCUUAGCAGUCUUACUGCCUGUUCUCACACUAGAGCUAUCUCAUACUGAUACGUCAACUCCGCCCACUACUGGUUCUGAAAAUUCUUUAGUGUUUCCAACUACUACUGUUUCUGAACCUCCAUGGACAACAUCAACUCUGCCCACUAAUGUUUCUGAAUCUCCAUGGACAAUAACGUCAACUCCGCCCACUCAGCCCACUACUGGUUUUGAAGAGCCUACAUUUUCUACAACAGACAUGAAUACUGUUCUUCCUGCAUCACCCCUAAACAUCAAUGUAAACAGCAUAUGUCAACUUCCUGAAAUGUCUGCAAUCUUUGUUAACUCAUUUAUCAAGAGUACACAUGACUCGAUAAGUCUCACUGUAAUUGAAAAGAACCAGCUUUCUCGAGGAUUUCUCAUUGACUUCACAGUCAACGAUUGUCAAGAACUGGAUGUUGACCAUGUUGCUGUGAAUAAACCGAUCUCUUUCAGCGUAACUAGACCAAUACAACACGUUGACGAAGGCUAUUAUUUGAAUGGGUCCAGUCUAACAUAUUCAAUUACCCCAUCUCAAGCUAUUGUGUCCAGCUCAUGUGAUUGCCCAGUUAUUCUAGCGAUAUAUGAUGACCUGGAAGUAUAAUUAUACCGAGUUUCUGAAUCAGAAGACUGGCAUACAAACUGGUUUUUUGUUUAAAUUUUGUUUAAACCGAAGUCGGUUGUCUGCGAUGAUAGUGCUCAAUAAAAACUCCUAUUUAUACGCUGGUCUGGUGAUCUGUACUACUAUGGUACCUACUACCAUCAAUCUACGCAUCUCUGGAAUUUCUCAUCAAUAUAAUAUCCAUGAGAUUGCAGAGAAAUCUAUAAGUACGUGCACGGUUAUAUUAUAUGACGACAACAUCAGGCAAUGUACUGUUUCACUAUCUAGUAUUUCUAUGACUGAGGAAAACGAUGAAUUGUGUGUUGUUGCUAUAGUACCUCCCACUCCAAGUAGCAAUAGAAAACAGUGCACUCCAAA